UAUUUCAUAGGAGAGAAGCAUUCAGGAAGUCAGAAUAGAAGACUUUUUGCAGAUGCCACUUGCGUAUUCAAGUGGAAUGGAGGCAGGAGAUGGGACAUUGUUUAAAAUGUAGGAAGGGCUGUUUCUCUCACUGUUCUUUUUCUGUUCCUACUUCUCCUCCGAGGGUGAAUAAUGUUCAGGUACUGCUGCUAACUUUGAACUCAGGAACUCAGCAUCCAUUCCUAAACCAACUGACCUACCACACUGAUAAGUUAACAUAUUCCUUCUAAAUAUGGUUUACAUUAUCUUCAUGUAAUGUUUUUUUUUUCUUUCAUUUUCCUGCAAUUCUUGCUUCCUCUUCUCUUUCUUAUCUGUAUUUGACAUCUCUCUUCUCUUCCAUUGCAAACUACUGAUAUUAUUUCAAUCUUCCCUCUGUCACUGGGGUGUCUCCCCUUUAGUGAAAGACUCCUCUACAAUUAGUCACUAUGAAUGAGGGGGAAGCACAUUAACGGUACUGCUGGAAUGUUCCAGGCCAGGUAAGAAGCUUUACAUGAGGCGAACAAGGAAGCCUACUUGCUUAUGCUGAGCUUUUGUUUAUCCACAGCCAUGAUGGACUCCAAACAGAUGAUCAUCACCUUGGCUCUCUUUGGCAUGACUCAGAGUGGACAAAGUUAUGCUGGGAACAUGCUUCUGGGAAGCACUGACUUUCAUAGCAGCUUUGCUCCAUGUUCUGUGACCAAAAAUUAUAGUCUGGGCUGCAGUGGCUUCACGUGUCAAGGAGGGCAAGAUAUAAUCCUGCAGGUCCAGGUGCUGGACACUCCAGGUUAUCCACACAGCAGGCUGAGCAACAAGCAUGCGAAACAGGAGGCCAAGAAGGCCCUGGCACAUCACUUUGCACAAGAGGGUUUCCAUCUUGCACUGCUGGUUCAGAGAGCAGACAUGAUGCCUCUUUGUGAACAGGAGGUGUCUUCUCCAGUCCAGGUGAUCCAGGUAAUACAAAGAGGCUAUUACACUAAUGCCAUUAUUCCCAUUUGGAGGACAUUCCUAAUAGAAAAUUAUCCUAAUGGAAAAUAA